AUGCAAAUCCCAACUCAAGAUGGCAGCACUGUAACUGUCCCUUACUCUAUGAAUGCUAAUGGUGAGAUCACGUUCAGUGGAAUGCAACUCAGCCAACAAGGGUUCAGUGGUGCUCAAAUGCAUGACGGAUUUGAUGCAACUCAAGCUCCAACUCCGCAGGUCACAAGGACUUGCUACUUCAAUAUGUCAAAUGUCUUCCAUGAUGCUAUCAAGGGAAAGGAUGAGCAGGGCAAUGAUGUCUAUCUUAUUUCAUGUCCUGCUUGUACAGCAAAUGUCAAACUUCAAGCAGACUGGCACGAUGCUAGUGAAAAUGAAGACUUGCCAGAUCUUGUUACUGAAGCAGAUCAAGUGGUUGCACAAACACCACCAUUGGGAAUG